AUGCUCAUAGGCAGUGACGGCACGCUGAACCGUACUGCCGCGGAGUAUUGGAUCAACAAGGUCAAGGUUGGCUCUAUUUACGACACACCGGGCAACCGUGGUGGCAAAUAUGCGUGGUAUGCCCCCCAGACACUGGCAAAUAUAACCAACACUAUCCAGGAGCUGGCGCUGGCCAAGGGGUCUCGUGUUCCGGUCCUUUUCGGAAUGGACUCGGUUCGCGGCGCCAACUAUGUCAAGGGUGCGGCCAUGUUCCCGGCGGGUAUUGGACUGGCUGCCACAUUCCAGCCCAUGUACGCCUACGAGGCCGGCCGUGUCGCUGCCAAGGACACCCGUGCCUCUGGGUACCAGUGGGCAUUCGCGCCGAGUGCCGAUCUCAACGUCGAAAAGCGCUGGUCCCAGAACUACCGCAGCUUUGGCGAGGAUCCGGCACUUCUGUCCGAGAUGGUCCGGUACUCGGUUCGCGGCUACCAGGGUGAUUACAAGUCUGACCGUACACGAGUUGCCACAUGUGUCAAGCAUUUCAUCGGUGCCUCGUAUCCCUUCAACGGCAAAGAACGUAGUACGCAGUUUAUCCCAGACAACAUCCUGUUUGAGUAUUAUCUGCCAGGAUUCGAGGCUGCUCUGAACUCAGGCGCAACAACGUUGAUGGAGAGCCUGAGCAAUCUCAACGGCGAGGCCUUGGUCGAGUCAUCCUUCUACCUGAAAAAGCUUCUUCGCGACAAACUCCAGUUCCGUGGUGUUAUGCUCACCGACUACGAGGAGGUCAGGUCGCAAGCCCUGGACUUCCACACUGCAGCCAACUUCACCGAUGCUGUGUAUCUGACCCUGAACAACACCUCGGUUGAUAUGAGCGCGGCGACUAGCGAUGCGGAGUUUACCCUUGAUACCUUGGAUCUGGUGCGCGGCGGCGGUAUCCACGAAGACCGCAUCACCGAGUCUGUUGCACGUAUCCUGCAGCUCAAGAAGGACCUGGGGAUGUUUGAGACGCCGUUCGCGGAUCCAAACCUAUUCACGGCGGUCGGUGCCAAACAGGACAUCGAGCUGGCGCGCAAUGCUGUGCGUGAGUCGAUCACUCUACUGAAGAAUGCAAACAACGUGCUGCCACUCAAGGACGAUGACCGUGUGCUGUUUAUUGGCCCGCAUCUGAACUCAACCCAUCUGCUGGGCGGGGGCUGGAACAUCCACCGUCAGGGUCCGACGGAGAUCGAGGGUGAUGCCAUCUACCAGGGCUUGGGUGACACGAUCAUGUCUGGUAUCGAGUCAAUCACCAAGCACCGCCCUGUGUUCAUGGAGGGUUUCAGCGCCACAGGCUCCGAGCUCCAGGAGGACAUACUGCAGAGCAUCAUAGAUAUCGCCAAGCAGGCCGAGAAGGUUGUUAUUGGUCUCGGCGAGUCCAACUACGCCGAUGACCAGGGUGACGUCGACGACAUGUCGCUACCUGAGCCCCAGAUCGAGCUGGUACGCAGGAUCUCGCAGGCUGUCGACAGGCCCAUCGUCGCUAUCCUCGUCGAGGGCCGCCCACGUUUGCUCAAGGAUGUUGCUGAGCUCGCCGACGGUAUCGUCAAUGCCUACCUGCCUGGUAUGUAUGGUGGUGUUCCUAUUGCCGAGGUCCUCUACGGCAAGAUCAGCCCCUCAGGACGUCAGCCGUUCUCGUAUCCAAAACACGAAUACCAGGCACGCGACACCAUCUGGCAGGGCAUGUGGAACGAGUAUGCCCCGCAGUAUCCUUUCGGCUUCGGACUGGGCUACUCCACCAUGGUGUACUCGAAUAUUUCAGUUGACUCGACCGAUCUGCGGCCUGGCAAGCCCAUUACUGUUCGCCUCUCGAUCCAGAACACUGGCCCGUUCGACCAGCGUGAGGCGGUCUUGCUGUACACAACACAGAGCUUCCGUACUGGUUACCAGCCCGAGCUGUUCCGUCUGCGUCGCUUCAACAAGGUCGAGAUCAGGUCGGGAACUCUAACCGAGGUUUCAUUCACGCUCACUGCCGAGGAGCUCGCCUACUACAACCGCGAUCUGGUCAAGGUCAUUGAUCCCUCACCAGUUAAUAUCACCAUUAACGCCCUGACCCCUCAGGAGAGAACCAUUUCCAUCAGACUGUCGGUCUAA